UCCGGGUCGCGGUCAGGGACUCCGGGGCCCCUUGGGGCGCAGCGGCGGGGGCAGGGCGGGCGCGGCCCCCAGGGCGCGGGGUCCUGGCGGCCCUUCCCCUCCCUGCCUGGACGCAGCGCAGCUUCCGGCUGGGAUGGCCCUUUGGUCUAGUGGAGCCCGCGAGUCGCCGGUGGGGUGGAGCACCCGCCCGGGGAAGGCGGCGGUGUGAGUGGGGAGCUAUUUCUGGGCCCCGUGCGCCCUCCUCUCGCGCUUCCUCAGACCUGCCCUCUUUGGAGAUCUUGCCCCCAUCCCCAGGAAUGCGGAUGGGGAGAGAGAAUCACGGUCCUGGAAUGAGGGGCAAGGGGUCCGGAACCCCAGGUGGAAGGUGUUACUACACUGCGGGUUAGCUUUUGGGACAUCCAGGGUCAGGGUGCCGUGGGAAUGACAAGUGGUCUGAUUGGGGACAGGGACUUGGAGGAGGCCAGUCUGGUGGAGAGUGAAGUGCUAGGAGGAGGGGCCGCAAGGAUAGACUCCGGCUGAUCCUGACAAGGGCCACGGAAGGCAUCGUGCCCAGGGCGGGACUCUGGGCCUGCACCCCAGGGGCCUGGUGCCGGUGGGAGAAGCUGUGGGCCAGGAGGGAGGAGCUUACCCCGCCUGCCAGCUGGCAGGAGGCAGAGCGCUGAGGCCCAGACUCAGGGCCUAAGGACUCAGCCAGGAUUGGCUGGGUGCUCCCACUGACCCAGUCAGAUCAGCCUCGUCUCCAGGUCUCCAACUCCAUGACCUGUUCAGCACCUCUGCGGCUGACCAGCCCUGACCCAAGCCGCCACCUCCUCAUUUUCGUCACAAGAUCUUCUAUAGCUGCUCCCCAACAAUACACUGAGACCCUCUCUCCCCCAGCCCACCCUCUCCUGCCCUGGCUCCCUCCUUGGGCCACAGCCUCUAGCUCCCUGGGUGGCCCUGAGCCCACAUCACUCCACCCCUGACAACCAACAUCUGCAGCCCUACCUGCAAUUGGGCCAUACCUCCCCAGGUUGCCCCUCCUCUCUGGACCUUGCCAUGCCCUCUCCCACCUUCCCAUCUGGGGCAGGGAGGCCCUUGGGCUCACUCCUGGCUCCCACCACCCCAGCUCCGCCCUCAGACACCCUUACCCCACACCCUCUCUCUGCCUUCACUUCCCCUCUCGCCUCAUUUCUUCUCAGCUCUGCUCAGGCCCUGACUCCUCCUUGGCUUCACAGCACCCAGCAGCUGAGACCCUCACCAUGGCCAGCCCUGGGAAGCCUGGGACUGGGGAGGCCCAGGAGGAGGAGGGAGAGGAGGAGGGCUGUGCCCUAGGGCCACUGGUGGCGAUGCAGGAGCAGGCUCAGGAGCUGUUUCUGCUGUGUGACAAGGAGGCCAAGGGCUUCAUCACCCGGCAUGACCUGCAGAGCCUGCAGAGCGACCUGCCCCUCACACCUGAACAGCUUGAGGCUGUGUUUGAAAGUCUGGACCAGGCCCACACAGGCUUCCUCACCGCUCGGGAGUUCUGCCUUGGCCUGGGGAAGUUCGUGGGGGUGGAGUUGGCCCAGGGCACUCUGCCCUCCCGGGUUCCAGAGGAAACCUUCGAGUCAGGCUGGUUGGAUGUGCAAGGCAGCAGGGGCUCCCUGGAGGAGGACGAUGAGGAGGAGAGAUUCUGUGCUGCGCUGGAGCAACUGGGGGUGGCCCGGGUCCUGGGCGAGCAGCAGGCAAUAAGGAUUCUCUGGACCCGGCUGCAGAGUGAGCGACCAGAACUGCUAGGCUCCUUGGAGGACGUUCUGCUGCGCAUAUCAGCCUGCCUGGAGGAGGCAGCCCGAGAGCGGGACAGCCUGGAGCAGGCGCUGCGGCGGCGGGAGAGCGAGCACGAGAGGGAGGUGAGGUGUCUGUACGAGGAGAUGGAGCAGCAGCUUCGGGAGCAGCGACAGCGCCUGCGGAGUCAGGACCUCCCCCGGGAGGAGCGGAGAGGCCGCCUAGAGCUGGAGCUGCAGAGCCGCGAGCAGGAGCUGGAACGCGCGGGGCUGAGGCUGCAGGAGCUGGAACAGCAGCUGCAGACCCGGGCCACCGAGCAGCUGGAGGCGCAGGCGCAGAACGCCCAGCUGUGGCUGGCCAACGAGGCGCUGCGGACACAGCUGGAGGGGGCGCAGGAGCAGCUCCGCAGACUGGAGGGCGACGUGCAGGGCCGCCGGGAGCAAACCCAACGGUGCCGAGAUGUGGUCGCCGUCUCAAAGAACAUGCAGAAAGAGAAGCUCAGCCUCCUGCGGCAACUGGAACUCCUCAGACACCUCUCUUCUGGUAUGACGGAGAGGCACCCGGGAAUGCUGCCUCUUGAGGCCUCUCAGAGCCCUUGGACUCCUGUUCUCCAGGGAGCUGAACACAAGGCUACGAGACGAGAGGGAUGUCUGUGAGGCCAAGAGGCUGGGCAGUGGCCGCGGGAAGGCUCUGACCACGGCUCACCUGUUGGGGCCCACCUGCUGCUGCUGCGGGAGCUGGGCUCGGCCCCCCAGACGCGGCUCUGGCCACCUUCCCAGUGCCCGCUGACCGGCCCGGGUGACUCACUGGGCGUUACUUGGUUACUUGAAGAGGCUGCCCCUUGAAGGCAACUCAUCAUGGCUGAGGGCUGCUCAUCCAGAGUGUGGGUUCUACCCAGUGGACUGCCUGGGCUGCCUGACUUGCAGACAUGAAGGAGCUAAUCCCAGGGUGGUCAGGGUCUCAUGUGCCUCCCUCAAGGUCCUCGUCCUAUCCCCAUCCCAUCAAAACCAGCAAGCCCCCCCAGUCCAAAUAAAGUCCACUGACUUCA